CCUUUUUUGAAUCAACCAAUCCGAAAUGAUCUAAAACCUCCCCCAAACCCAGAAGCAACAUAAAAGCGAGGACUUCGUUUGCUCAUCGUUUCUUCCAUUUUGAGACAAACCAGUAAAUUUAUAUAGGUUGUGUUGUCUGAUUCACCCAUUUGUAGAAUUCUCAAAUAUGUGGAUUUUUGGAUGGAAAGGACCAUCUGGGUUCUCAGCCCGUUCUACAGCGGAAGAAGUCACAGAAGGGAUUGAUGGGAAUGGCCUCACUGCUAUUGUUACAGGAGCUUCAAGUGGUCUUGGCGAAGAGACCACACGCGUUCUUGCAUUACGGGGAGUCUAUGUCAUUAUGGCUGUAAGGAAUGUUGAAGCAGGGAAAAAAGUAAAAGAAGCAGUAUGCCAGGAAUUCCCGUCUGCUAAAAUCGAUAUCAUGGAGUUAGAUCUUAGUUCAAUGGAAUCAGUAAGGAAAUUCGCAUCAGAUUAUAUUUCCUCAGGCCGUGCACUGAAUAUUCUCAUGAACAAUGCAGGUGUGAUGGCUACUCCUUUUAUGCUUUCCCAUGAUGGCAUAGAAUUGCAGUUUGCAACGAACCAUUUAGGACAUUUUCUUCUGACAAAUCUUCUACUGGAUACCAUGAAAAAAACUGUGCUUGAAAGCAAAAAAGAGGGAAGGAUUGUCAAUCUGGCAUCUGAGGGUCACCGAGUCACUUAUGGCGAAGGAAUUCGUUUCGAUAAAAUCAAUGAUGAAUCAGAGUACAGAACUAUCCUAGCUUAUGGACAAUCAAAGCUUUCCAACAUAUUGCAUGCCAAAGAGCUCGCCAGGCGGUUAAAGGAAGAAGGGGUAGAAAUAACAGCCAACUCCCUUCAUCCUGGAGCAAUUAUUACCAACUUACUACGCUUCCAUGGUUUAAUUAAUGCUGUUGCCGGUUCAGUCGCUAAAUUUGUGCUUAAAAAUGUCCAGCAGGGAGCUGCAACUCAGUGUUAUGUGGCGUUGCAUCCCCAAGUCAAGGGGGUAAGUGGAGAGUAUUUUGCUGACAGUAAUAUAUCCAACCCAACCAAUCACGCCAAGGAUAAGGAAUUGGCCAAGAAACUGUGGGAUUUCAGUGUGGAACUGACCAGCCCUAAAUAAUCUGAAUCCUUAACAUGACUUCUUAUAGAUAUAUGGACAGUUAAAUGGUGGAAGUAGAUUAAAAACUAUUUGUAGUUUCAGUUGCCCUCUCUGCCUUGAAACAAAUAUAAGGAGAAUCUAUUGUAGAUCUCCUAUAGGGUGGUUCUAUUGUUAGCCUAUUGAAAAGAAUACAAGUAGAAGUUUGUAAUGCUUGUGUUUUGAAAUAAAUACAGUUGUGUGUAUACUGUAGAUUUCAAGUUUUUCA